UUUCGCGAUUUGGCGGUAAAUCACACUUGGACCUAGUGAGAGAUCUUAUUGUGCCGCCUGAUACCCGUCUGUUCGUACCUCGUCUCUUAGCAAGUUCACCACGAUGCCUUUCAACCAGUACAACAAAGAAAAUAUUAGCGAGAAAGUUGAGAAUGCCACUCUUGCAGAACAUGUAUCUCCAAUGAAGUCGCCGUCCAAACGAAAUUCUGUAGGUGGAACAUCACCAAGCAAGAAAAUACGAAUGACGGCCAUUUCUGCAGAUUCAUCGAGUACCAUUGACAAACAAAAUUCAGAUUACCAGAAAAUGAAAAAUGCUGUGAAGAAGCUUGACUUGCAGGAAAAUGUUUUUGAUUCCCAACUGGAGCCUCUACUUAAAGAAAAUCCCCGUAGAUUCGUUAUAUUCCCAAUUGAAUGGCCAGAUAUUUGGCAGUUCUACAAAAAAGCUGAAGCUUCAUUCUGGACAGUGGAGGAAGUUGAUUUAUCAAAGGAUCUGGCGGAUUGGGUAAAACUAAAUGACAAUGAGCGGCACUUCAUUUCCCACGUUCUAGCGUUUUUCGCUGCAUCAGAUGGAAUUGUGAAUGAGAAUCUAGUGGAACGAUUCAGUCAAGAAGUCCAAGUCACUGAAGCAAGAUGUUUCUACGGGUUUCAAGUUGCAAUGGAAAAUAUACAUUCGGAGAUGUAUUCACUUUUAAUCGAAACUUACAUCUCAAAUCCACAGGAAAGACAGUAUUUGUUCAACGCAAUUGAGAAUCUCCCCUGCGUAGCAAAAAAAGCCAACUGGGCUCUCAACUGGAUCACAAACGAGACAGCAACCUUCGCUGAAAGAGUGAUUGCCUUUGCUGCUGUUGAAGGGAUUUUCUUUUCUGGUAGUUUCGCUGCGAUAUUCUGGCUGAAAAAACGUGGGCUCAUGCCUGGUCUUACGUUCAGUAAUGAACUCAUAUCCAGAGAUGAAGGUCUCCACUGUGAUUUUGCCUGCCUUCUCUUCAAACACAUCGUCCAAAAACCAACGCAGGCACGCAUCAUCUCUAUAAUCACAGAUGCAGUCCAAAUUGAACAGGAAUUCUUGACAGACGCUCUUCCAGUCGCUAUGAUUGGGAUGAACUGUGAAUUGAUGUCACGUUACAUUGAAUUCGUUGCAGAUAGACUUCUGGUGGAACUUGCAUGUCCAAAGGUAUAUAACUCAGAAAAUCCAUUCGACUUUAUGGAACAAAUUUCGCUAGAAGGAAAGACUAAUUUCUUCGAGAAGAAAGUCGGCGAAUAUCAAAAAUGGGGAGUUAUGCAGUCACCGGAAACAAACGCCUUCACUACGAAUGCUGACUUUUAAUUCCUCUGAAAUUGUUGUUUCGUCCAUAAAGUUAUGUACUGAGUCUCGUACACUCAAGAUGUUUCUGCUGUAAAUUUCUACGCUUUUAUUUAAAGAGAGUAAGUUUUCAUUGGAAUUCAAAAGAAUAUGAAUUGAAAAUAUUUACGGAGCCCAAUCAGAUCGCGUGCUCAUUAAAUCUUUCUCUUCGCACUUUUCAUGAUUUACCUAAGUUUUAUUGUUCUUCUUACUUUACAUUACAAGUAGACAAUGAGAAUCUGUCAUUGAUUCCAGUUAAGACCAAUCUUUGCAUUCUAUUAGAUGUUUCCAUUCUGAGAAUAUUAUUUUGAUCGUACUGAUACCAAAUAAGUGUCUUGAAGUUUUGUAUUAUGAUUUUCUAUAGUAUAAUGAUAUAGGAUAUAGCGAUAUAUUAACAUAUUCGUAUACAUAAUAAAUUUUUUUAAUCCAUA